UAAGCCAGCUGGACUGCUGAGUCACUGCACACACAAGUGGACAAUUUGAGUGACCGGCGUCUCCCUCGUCUUCCUCGUCUCCCUCGUUCCUCUCACACCGCUCACCAAUUGUUCUGACAAAAGCAAACAGAGAGCUUUUUUUCCAUGUGGUUCAAGCAUCGCUACCUCAUUUGAGUUUUGUUACACUUUGUUGUUCGCCUCGUUUUCAAGAUCAAACCAACAUUGGAGGAUGUUUUUACGGUCUUCCAACAGUGUGGGACUUUGCUCCAAAGGUUUCUGAACAGGUUGUAGACCUCAAACUCUUUGGGCGGGGGGGGGGGGAUCCAAGAGCUCACGUCUGCUUUGUUGAGAAUGAACCGUCGGUUUGCCGGCGCCGGGAACCAGCUCCUCCACGUGGACCUCCAAGUAGAUGAGCAUGAACCUCGCCGAGGAAUCCUGGAUCUCCUCAGCAGACUCCGUCCUCACUGGAGAGCAAAGGACAUUCAGAUGAAGAAAUUCACGGAAGGCAUCACCAACCAGCUGAUCGGCUGCUAUGUGGCGUCGCUCCAGGAGCCCGGUUGUGUUCUGGUGCGUCUGUACGGCAAAAUGACAGAGCUCUACGUGAACCGUGACAGGGAGGUGGAGAUGUUCCAGGUGUUCCACGCCCACGGCUGUGGUCCCCAGAUCUACUGCAGCUUCCAGAACGGCGUCUGCUACGAGUUUGUCCGAGGAACGGUGCUGGACGACGAGCUGCUGCGGCAGCCCUCCAUCUACAGAUUGAUUGCGGCAGAGAUGGGGAGAAUCCACUCCAUCCAGCCAAAAUGUGGUCCGCCUGCUGAGCCUCAUCUCUGGACAAAAAUGUCCCACUUCCUGACCCUGAUGCAGAGCAGUUUGAGCAGCGGUCCGGCCCUGCAGCGCUGCCCGAAGAGCCCGGCCGCUCUGCAGCAGGUGCCCAGCUUGGAGACUUUGUCCCUCGAAAUGGAGUCCCUGAAGAGACACCUCUCGCAGAUCGACUCGCCCACUGUCCUCUGCCACAACGACCUUCUGACCAAAAACAUCAUCUACAACCACAAGGAGGGAAUGGUGAAGUUCAUUGACUACGAGUACGCCGAUUACAACUACCAGGCCUUCGAUAUUGGCAAUCACUUCAAUGAAUUUGCUGGUGUGAACGAGGUGAACUACGGCCUCUACCCGAGGCCGGAGCUGCAGAGGGACUGGCUGACGGCCUAUCUGGAGAGCUACAAGCACAGCACAGGUCACGAGGUCACUGUUACGGAGGCAGAAGUUACGCAGCUCUACGUCCAAGUCUGCAAAUUCUCCCUGGCAUCAAACUUCUUCUGGGGUCUUUGGGCCAUUCUGCAAUCACGGUUCUCCUCCAUCGACUUUGACUUUGAGAGAUACGCCACGGCUCGAUUCAACUUCUACUUUGAGAAGAAAGAGGAGUAUUUUGGGUUGACAAAAAGCUAAAAAAAUGAGGACAAUUCAGCAGCAUGUUGUAAAUCAGAAGAAGCGUUACUCUGCUGUAAGACUAAGAACAGGUACCAAAGUCCUUCUUGGCAAAUACUAUAAUAUAAUAAUAAUAAUAAUGAAAUAAUAAUAUAAUAAAAUGUGCUCCCCUAGGUUUGUUAUUCCAGGCUAUAGUUUGAGAUAAUGUGUUUCGCUAUCAUUACGAUAAUUUUUAAAACAUUUGUUUUACCACAAUGUGUGUUUUUGUGCCUUUUUGGCACAUUGUGAUGAAGUUUGUGCCAGAGAAGCAUUAGUUCUUUCCACAUUUAGCCGAAUAAAGCCAUAAAAGGAUCCUAAAGGUGUUGGGGGUUAUGUGCUUAUUCAGUGCAGUUCUGAUGGAAAAAAAAGUCUUCGCUUCUUUCGUUUACUGUGACGAGUACUCAAGGGCUACUUUUCACCUUUGGAAAAGGUGUAAAGCUUGUUGUGGAAUAUUUCAAUAAAAGCUCGGUAGAAGAGAA